AUGGGUGACGAAGAGGACUUCAGCUCCCUGCCGCUCCCCGAUCGCUUCCAGCACAAGAACUGGAAGGUGAGAAAGGAGGGCUAUGAGGCCGCAGCAAAGGAGUUCGACAAGGCCCAGGGUGAGACCGAUCCCGUCGUUCGCCAAUUUACCCUCGACUCCGGCCUAUGGAAAGGGGCGGUCGCCGACUCCAACGUCGCUGCGCAGGCAGAGGCCCUCGGUGCACUAUGCUCGUAUCUUCAAAUCGCCGGCCUUCAGGGCACCCAAAGGACACGGAAUCUCACCAUCGCGCCGAUCGUCGAGAAGGGAUUGACCGGUCGCCCCGCCGCCCAAACGAAGGCGCAGGAGGCGCUGAUGCUGUACAUUGAGAUGGACCGCGCCGACCCUGUCAUUGAAGAGUUACUACCGAUUUUAGCGCACAAACAACCCAAAGUCAUUGCCGCCUGUCUGAAGGUCCUGACUGCCAUCGUCCACGCAUACGGCUGCAAGACCGUCGAGCCCAAGCCCAUCCUGAAGGCUCUUCCCAAAGUUUUCGGCCACGCCGACAAGAACGUCCGUGCCGAGGCCCAGAACUUGACAGUCGAAUUCUACAGAUGGCUAAAGGAAGCCAUGAAGCCCCUCUUCUGGGGCGAUCUCAAACCUGUUCAACAGACGGAUUUGGAUAAGCUCUUUGAGAAGGUGAAGGAGGAGCCGCCGCCAAAGCAGGAGAGACUUCUCCGCUCGCAGCAAGAGGCGGCGGAGGCUGCCGCUGCGGCCGGUGGCGGCGAUGAAGGAGAAGAAGCCGAAGGCGAGGAAGAAGCCGAAAUUGAUCUGGAGCCGGAGUUUAUGGCUGUUGAUGUGAUGGCAAAGGUCCCCAAGGACUUCUCGGAGCGUCUCGGCUCGUCAAAGUGGAAAGACCGGAAAGAGGCUCUGGAUGACCUCCACACCGCCAUCAACGUUCCUGCUAUGGAAGAAGGGCCAUUUGAUGACAUCAUGCGCGGACUCGCCAAGUCCAUGAAGGAUGCCAACGUUGCUGUCGUCACCGUUGCCGCAAACUGUGUGGAGCUCUUUGCCAAGGGAUUGCGGAAGAGCUUUGGAAAGUACCGGUCGACUGUCUUCAGUCCCAUGAUCGAGCGCUUGAAGGAGAAAAAGCCGGCAGUCGCAGAUGCGUUGGGCGCGGCGCUCGAGGCGUGUGUCACCUCAACUAGCUUGGGCGAGUGUUUGGAGGAAAUUAUGGAGGCCCUCAAGCACAAAAACCCUCAGGUCAAGCUCGGCACCAGCCAGCUCCUCAUCCGGGUACUCAAGUCGACCAAGGACGCACCUCAGCCGCCAGAGACCAAGAGCAUUUCUGAAGGUGCGACGAAGCUCCUCACUGAAUCCCAAGCCACGCAGCGUGAUGCGGGUGCUGAGAUUCUCGGAACACUGUGGAAGAUCAUGGGCGACCGUAUCAUGAAUCCGCACUUGGAAGGCUUGGACGAGAUCCGGAAGAACAAGAUCAAGGAAUUCCACGAUUCCGCUGAGGUCAAGGCUAAGUACAAGCCCAAGGCUGCCGCGCCUCCUAAGCCAGCUGCCGCACCUGCUGGUAAGAAGCCGGUGGGAAAGAAGCCUGCCCCGGGUGCAAAGAAAGCCGCCCCUGCAGCUCGCGCGAAGUCGCCUCCAGUUGAAGAGCCUGCAGCGGCUGCAAAACCGGCCAGCCGGCCUGGCGCUUCGAAACUGGGUGGUCCGAAAUCUGGCCUUACGGCACCUGGCUCGCGCUUGGGGGGGUUGAAGAAGCCAGGUUUGGCUGCUCCAUCGCCUAAGAAAGCACCUGCUCCUCCCGUUGAAGAGUUGGUUUCCGACCCAGAGCCUGAGCCUCCGGCGAAACCCGCUCCCCGGGCCGGUUUGGGGCGUGGUCUUGCAGGAAGGCCUCUCGGGAAGCCGGCAGCUGCGCCUGCCGCCGAGCCUCCCGCUCCGGCGCCUGCACCCGGCCUCAGCGCCGUUGAAAAGGCCGAACUGGACGAACUCCGUGCGGAGGUUGAGAUGCUGCGAAAGCAGAAUGAAGACCUGAAGACGGAGAAGUCCCGGAUGACGUCGCAAAUCCACGAACUCCAGAACCAGAACGCCCAACUUAUCGAGGAUCACACUCGGGAUGUUCUGUCUAUCAAAGCCAAGGAGACGCAGCUUGUGCGCGCCCGUUCUGAUGCCGAGGCCGCGGAGCAAACCGUUCAAACACAACAGCGUGAGGUCGAGCGGCUGAAGCGCGAGCUGUCACGCCAAAUGCGUGCUGCAUCGCCGCCACCAUUCGAAAUGCACCACGAGCAGCACCAUGGCGGCUAUGACGUUGGCAUGAACGGCUCGUACGGACACAGCAGCUACGGGCACACUAGCAGCUUUGGCCGCCGCAAUUUCACCCCGCAGUCUCCUGGCGGUGAUGGGAAGGAGAAUUUCGGCGACGGUCUUUCGCGGUCUGGCUCUCGCAGCAGCAAGCUCUCCCCACUGCGCCGCGGUGGAUCUGGCAGUGGCAUGUCCAGUCACUCCGGCUCCGGAUACGGUGGUCGUGCCAGCCCAGCACUUGGCUUGUCGGGUGGUCAUGAAGAUCGCGAGUUUGGCAGCUUGGGCAGUAGUAGACUAAGCGGAGCGGGGAGUAUGAGCACCAGCAACGGCGCGGAGAGCUGGAAGAGAGCCGCGGAAGUCACACAGAAUCUGAAGGCUAGGAUUGAGCUUAUGAAGGCCAAGCAAGGGCUCGCAAGGCAGCAGUCGCAACAUCACUGA